GAGAGUUUUGUCAUCACUUAGAGUCUGAAUAACGUCAAGCGUCUUCACCAAUUGACUGCUCGUGGUCGCUAUUCUGCCAGGUUAUCAAUACAACGACAUACCCUCCAAGUGGAGAACAACUCCUGUCCCCCAAUAGCCGAGGCGGAGGAAUCGCGCCUGAUCCGCCAUUAUCCGCGCCAUCUAAACUGAUCUUCCCAAGUCGAUCCUUCUUGCUCUCUUCCCUUACCCGGCCAUGGAUUUCACUCGAAUCAUCAUCGGACUCACCCUCUGGAUCCUCUUCCGCAUCAUCAAAAGCCGAUUCUUCCCCGCCGCCCCCAUCAUGCCACACGGAAAAGUCAUCGAGGUUGACAACCCUGUCAUCUUCAAGGCUCUCACCUCGUCCGGGCCCGUCGUGGUCGAUUUCUUCGCGACCUGGUGCGGCCCCUGCAAGGCUGUCGCCCCGCAGAUCGGCAAGCUCAGCGAGACCUACACCAAUGUCCGGUUCAUUCAGGUCGACGUCGACAAGGUGCGCUCCGUGGCGCAGGAGCUGCAGGUCCGCGCCAUGCCGACCUUUGUGCUGUAUAAAGAUGGGCAGUUGCAGGAGAAGCGCGUGGUCGGUGGAAAUGUGAGGGAGUUGGAGGAGGCUAUUAAGAGCAUUGCUUAGAUUUCUUCCUGCCUUAGGCGGUCGGACAGAGGGUGGUGCUAGUUGCAAGAGUUGGGAUAUAUCUCUUUCCAUGGUGUGUGCGUUAGGGAACCGUGAGUUUAAAAGGUUGGAAGCCAUACACUGAUCUUGGAAGACGAAAUGACAUUGCUCCAUGCUUGUAAGUACACCAGGAUAAUCCAAAUAGAACGCC